CAGGAGCUCAUCGAGAGCAUCAGUCGCAAGCUGCACGUGCUCCGGGAAGCCCGGGAGAGCCUCCUGGAGGACAUCCAGGCCAACAGCGUGCUUGGGGACGAGGUGGAGGCCAUCGCCAAAGACGUCUGCAAACCCAAUGAGUUUGACAAGUUCCGGAUGUUCAUCGGGGACCUGGACAAAGUGGUGAACCUUCUGCUGUCACUGUCAGGCCGCCUGGCCCGGGUGGAAAACGCCCUCAAUAAUUUGGACGACAGCACUUCUCCUGGUGAUCGGCAAUCGUUGCUCGAGAAGCAGCGGGUCCUCAUCCAGCAGCACGAAGACGCCAAGGAGCUCAAAGAGAACCUGGACCGCCGGGAGCGCAUCGUGUUCGACAUCCUGGCCAGCUAUCUCAGUGAGGAGAGCCUUGCAGACUAUGAGCACUUCGUGAAGAUGAAGUCAGCCCUCAUCAUCGAGCAGCGGGAGCUGGAAGAUAAAAUACACCUGGGUGAAGAGCAGCUGAAGUGCUUGUUUGACAGCCUUCAGCCCGAAAGAGGCAAAUAAGAAGGCCGUCCCUGGCGGAGGCCGGAAACCGGGCCUUCGAGCCGCAUUCCUGAGGAUGCCAGUGAAAACCCCAGCCUGUAUUUAUAUCUCGUAGAGAGACUCCUCCGAUAGCGAAAUGGCUGUUAGAAGAGCAAUAACUUCCGUGUGUUUGGGAUGAUUUAUUUAAUUUUUCAGUUUCCCUUUUGAAUGCUGAGCAGAGUGGCUCGCUGUUAGCCAUUUUCCUUUCCCAGUAACCACUCGUGGCACUAGGCUCCAGUGGGCGGCAGGUUUCCACAGUAUGGACUGUGGGCUCCGGUCCCGUAGUGCAUGCAAGUGGCCGUUUUGAGCAGUAGGUCUGCCCUUCCUCCCGUCUUCACAUGCUUGAACCAACCACUCAGGAAGCAACCAAGUGAGUCUUGUAGGUGCAUGAGGGGGAAACCCUGGCGCACGUCUUUUGUGAUCCAUCCAAUGCAUAGGCCGCCAUGUUUUAUCUCUGUCCGUCCAACGGUGUGGAGCAUUCAUCGUCUGUAUCAUAUAAUGAUGUUCUCUGACUUGGUAAAAAUCACGAUGAUGAUGAUAAUUUAUUAACAUUUUGGAAAGGUGAAUAGUUUCCAAAUGGUUAAAAACCAACUGUGAAAUGAACAACCUACAUGUUGGGUUCACUCAUUCUAAAAUUGCCACUUAAAGAAAUAGUGUGCAUGCUUUAAAACACUCACACACAAAGCAAACAGAGAGCUUUAGUCCUUCUCACCUGACAUCACGGCUCAGAUGUUUUCCUGCAAAGUGAAGUUACUUGGGGAAAAUGUGUCUAGUAGUAAUGUGCUUGCUAGGUAUUUGUUUCACGAGACCAACAAGAUAUUUCUUAAGUUACUUUUUCCCCAGAACAUGUAUUUUGUGUGUGUGGUCAUUAAUGAUAAUUGGCUGCUUUUCUCUCUUUUGCCUCUUUAAAUCUGUUGCCAUGCCAUGAGGGCCACAUUCUGUUUACUGUAAGAAGCCUCGCUCUGGUAUUUCAGAGGUCCCAUGGGCUGUGUAACUCCUAAACCUGAUCUUUCUGUGCCACAGAGUUUCUGUGCUCUGCUUACUGGUUGAAAUUGCAAGAUUCUAAAGAAAGUCUAUUUACUAAAAAAGCAUUGUCAUGCUGUCAAUUUCCAGUGGACUUGGAGAAAAUAUUUGCAAAUCACAUACAUGAAAAGGAUUUUUAUCCAAAAUGUACAACGAACUCUCAAAACUCAACAGUAAGAAAACAGCCCAAUUAAAACAGGGGCGAAAGACUUAAAUAGAAACCUCACCAAAGAGGAUAUAUGCAUGGCAAAUAAGCACAUGAAAAGAUGCUCAACUGCCGACGGCUGCGUUAUGACUGUCUGAUUAUCUAAUCCUUGAAGGGCCAGUGUCUGUCUUCGCAAAUGCUCAUCUGAUUAAAUGCAUGCUUAAUGGUGCGAGAACCCCUCGGAUGACGUCACGUUGAAGUAAUAUUCGGACAGUUUGAUCGAGGGAUCAUUUUAAUCUUCAUUCUCCCUUAUUUCCAUAAAAGAAGUUUUCCAACAGGCAGGAAAACGUCCCUUUGUCAGCAGUGACCACCGCCUUACCGAAAUACACACUCACACGCAAAUGUCUUAAAGGACAGGAGUCCACGCUGCGUGAGCCUGAGGGGUGAGCUGGACUCAUGAGCUACAGUGUUGACGUCGGUGCACUGCGCAGCGUGGUCCACACUGGCGGACUUCAGUGAGGCUGGCAAUAAAUGUUCUUUUUGGCAGCCCACCCACGCCAAAAAGAUAAAUGCCUUUUCAAAAAGUUUGUAUUCCUAUGAAAUUAAGCUAUUUCUGACUUGAAAAAUCCCUGUUCUGCCUGUGAAGUGUCCUCCUCCUUUCCACCGGGUGUAGUCACUUGCUGUGAGGACUGGUCGCAUCAGAAGAGGUGGAGCUGGCUGUCCACGGACCUCUGUCUUUCUCCCUUGGGGAGACAACCACAGUAAUUUCAGUGGACUUUGUUUUUAAUUUAGAUAAAGCUUUUAUCUGUGAUUCUUUCCCCUCAAAUACAGUAUUGUGAUCAUUUUGAUGAUGUGUAUGUAAAAUGUGAGUAAUAGAGUUUGUGUGUCUGUCCCCAGCCUUUAGAUGUCCUUCCCGCAUACGUAGCAACGUAGAGUGCUAGUCCCCCUUUCCAAAGCACGUGUAAUCACCACUGUCCUGUCUGUCCCCGUUUGCCUCUUCAGUGUCUGGUUAGCGGGACCCAAAGAUUGCAGUGAGUCGAUGUACAUAGCUUUGUAUAUAGUCAUAUUAUUGCAGAUAAAAGCAAUCUGGUGCUCAUGUUUGCCCUCGGCUUCAGGUGGUCGCUCAUGCCUCACCCCGUGUCCUAGCUCAGCUAUGGAAUGCUCUGUGUAGCGAGAUGUCAGUCAGGGGGCUUGCCUGUGGCUUUUAUCCUGCAGUCCACCAUGGAAAAUGUGUGCAGAUGUCCUGCUCGACACUGGCCACUUACCUCUCGAUGGAUCAUCCUGCUUGACUUUAACAAAAUAAAUAGUGUCUUUGAGUGAAUGGAGCAUGUCUUUGAUUUACCUCCAUGACAUCUUUUUUUAGUCAGAAUAUUAUCACCAUAUGUCAGAUUCUUAAACCGUUGAUAAACUGUGGGCUGGAUUCUAUGUAUGUCUGUGUGCAGCUGUUUGUGCCAGUCUGGUUAGGGCCAAUGAGUUUGCAGUGGACACGGAGGUGUGAAGAACUGGGGCCGUUGAUGGACUCCAUCCCCCACACCGGUGUCUGCUACUACUGAGUAGCACUAAGGCGUCCUGGACCCUGGAGCCAAGCCCCUUCUGUCACUUCCUAGUCAUGUGGCUGUGAGCAAGCGACUUAGCCUCCCCAAGCUUCAGUUUCCCCUUUUGUCAUUGGAGAAGAGCUGGUGUGAGAUCAAGUGAGCUGAUGUGUGUUCCCCUGCUGAGAGCUCUCGCCUGCUGUGGAAGAGUGAUCGCCUUGAGUAGUGGUGUCGUCAUUCUGGUCUGGCCCCGGGGGAACCCUGCCCUGCCUCGGAGCGAAUCUGUCCAACUACCCAAGAGACCUGAUUUCUUUUGGUGGGUAGGAUUAGAAACGCUUCUACUCUGGAGCAGAUGGUUUGUGGGAACUGAAGCUGCAAUUGAGAGGGAGGGAUUCUUUCUAAUAAAAAUUCAUCAAAAUUAGAAUAUUUAGAAUGGGAAAAAAUUCACACAAAUGAGAGAUUUUAAAAAGUGGACAAAUAUGCAUUUUGUUUUUGGCUUCUACCAGGCUGCUUCAGCUUGUCUAAUUUGCAUUCCUAAAUGAUCACGAAAUUAAUACACAAGGGCAAUUCAAAUGCAGCUGCAGGCUGCUGCUGGGAUGUUGGGCUGUGCAAUUGUGUGAUCUGCUGAUCCUGUGCCACCUUCCAUGACCCGCUGAUGACGGCGUACAGGAUUUUGUCCCCGAGCACUCAUGUGCUCAUGCUGAUGAACUGCAUUGGUGCCAGUUUUAUGCAUGCUUUGGCGUGGGCCCAUCAGGUUUCUUCAGGAUGAGCUGUGUUGGGUACACUUGAGACAUGGAGACCCGUCAGACACGUGCUCCGUUUUUAGACCUCUUUGCUGUCCUGCCACAGGUCUGUACCCUACAAGCACAGGCAUUCUGAGUAUGUUUUUUUUUUGCACUUCCCAUUAAAACCAAUGCACGGUG